CGAAGCAUCCCUGACAUCAUCCUCUUCCUCGCCCGCGUCGUCCAGAACCCCCCUCCAGCCACCGAAGCGCGCCAGGCCGCCACUCACCCCGAAGGUCAUCGUCCCUCGUGGUCGUCAUCGUCCUGCUCCUCCUUCUCCUCCAUUCACCGGUAUUGGAUUGGCGUGGGGUGGAGAUUGAUCCGGACUUGAGAUUGAUUUCUUCCGUUGACUUACCAUGAGCACAAGACUGAUGAAGGGCUUAAGCCUGAUGAGGCUCGUAGCACAGAAAAGGAGCUCAUCUGAUUUUUACAGAAAGUCACGAGCAUGGGGCUCCACUGUUUCUUUUUCGGAUGUUGAUGAGAAGAAUGAGAUUGGUUGUGAAGGUGAUGAUGGUUUCACAGGCCCUAGGAAAGAUAUAGAACCACAAUUCCGUGGUGUGCACCGGGCAAUUAUUUGUGGCAAAGUUGGACAAGUUCCUGUGCAGAAAAUAUUAAGGAACGGGCAUACGGUAACUGUGUUUACUGUUGGGACAGGUGGUAUGUUUGACCAGAGGACAGUAGGUGCUGAGAACUUGCCAAUGCCAGCUCAGUGGCAUCGAAUAGCUGUACAUAAUGAGCAGCUUGGUGCGUAUGCUGUUCAAAAGCUGGUUAAGAAUGCUCCGGUCUAUGUUGAGGGUGAUAUUGAGACUAGAGUCUACAAUGACAGAAUCAAUGAUCAAGUAAAAAAUAUACCAGAAAUCUGUGUGCGACGUGAUGGCAGGAUUAAGGUGAUUCAAUCUGGGGAAAGUGAUGUCAGUAAAUCAUUGGAUGAGUUAAGGGAAGGACUAUUCUAGUUGCAAUGCAAAUGACAAUGGGCAAGACGACACUGGAAAUUCGUCUCCAACAGAGUCUGUAUCCAGUGAUACAGUACUGCUACAGUGUUAGAGAUAGGGGAUGCUGUAAUAGUAUUUUGAGGAUGAAAAUUUGAGGUAGCUGUUGGAGAUGGUCUUAGCAGAUGAAGCAGUCUCCUUUUUGUUUUUUCAGUUCAGCUGAUGAGAUGAUCUUAUGGAUGUUGAAAUAAAGUUGUGGUGUCAUCUGAGCUGAUAUGGAGUGCAGACAUUUCAGUCAUCAAUCCGAUUACAUUUAAUUGAUGAUUUAGGGCGAGAUUUUACAGA